UAAGGGGGCGGGGCGGCGAGGGGAAGGAGGAGGGAAGUAGGACUUCAACAUGGCGGCUGUGGUACUGGCUUCGGCUACGGCGACUGCCCGGCCCGGGGCGAACAGAGUUGAAGGCGGUGGUGUUCGCUCUCCCUAGGAGCCGUCAGCGGGGACCGGACGUGGGGGGUCGGCGGCGCCAGCACCUUUCGGCUUCUGGGACGGCGGCGGCGGCGGUGCUCAGGUUCUAAAUGGCUUCUAAGAAGUUGGGUGCAGAUUUUCAUGGGACUUUCAGUUACCUUGAUGAUGUCCCAUUUAAGAUAGGAGACAAAUUCAAAACACCAGCUAAAGUUGGUCUACCUAUUGGCUUCUCCCUGCCUGAUUGUUUGCAGGUUGUCAGAGAAGUACAGUAUGACUUCUCCUUGGAAAAGAAAACCAUUGAGUGGGCUGCAGAUAUUAAGAAAAUCCAAGAAGCCCAGCGGGAAGCAGAGCGGAAGGCUGAAGAAGCAGACGCUAAAGUGAAUUCUAAGAGUGGCCCAGAGGGCGAUAACCAAAUGAGCUUCUCCAAGACUCACAGUACCACCGCAAUGCCACCUCCCAUUAACCCCAUCCUUGCCACCUUACAGCACAACAGCAUCCUCACCCCGACUCGGGUCAGCAGCAGUACCAUGAAACAGAAAGUUCUCAGCCCACCCCACACAAAGGCAGAUUUCAAUCCUGCUGACUUUGAGUGUGAAGAAGACCCAUUUGAUAAUCUUGAGUUAAAAACUAUUGAUGAGAAGGAAGAACUGAGAAACAUUCUGGUAGGAACCACUGGACCCAUUAUGGCUCAGUUAUUGGACAGUAACUUGCCUAGAGGCGGCUCUGAGUCUGCGUUACAGGAUGAAGAAGUCCUGGCAUCCUUGGAGCGGGCAACACUAGAUUUCAAGCCUCUUCAUAAACCCAAUGGCUUUAUAACCUUACCACAGUUGGGCAACUGUGAAAAGAUGUCGCUGUCUUCCAAAGUGUCCCUCCCCCCCGUACCUGCAGUAAGCAAUAUCAAAUCCUUGUCCUUCCCCAAACUUGACUCUGAUGACAGCAAUCAGAAGACAGCCAAGUUGGCAAGCACUUUCCAUAGCACAUCCUGCCUCCGCAAUGGCACGUUCCAGAAUUCCCCAAAGCCUUCCACCCAAAGCAGUGCCAUUGAGCACAGUGGGCAUCAGAGUCUUGGGCUUUCAACUUUGAACUUGGACAGUGGCACAGAAGUGCCAGCCCUGACCCCUUCUGAUAUGAAAUCCCAGAUGCCUUCCCUCUCUGUCUUGUCUGUGUGCACAGAAGAAUCAUCACCUCCAAAUACAGGUUCCACGCUGGAGCUCCCCUACCCCUCUUCAUUCCUCUUCAGGACGUCUGCCCAGCAACCUGGCCCUUUCUCCCAGGCCACACCUCCUAAUUUCUCAGUGUCACAAGUGCCCAACACUCCCAGCUGUCCCCCGGCUUAUUCUGAACUGCAGAUGCUGUCCCCCAGUGAGCGGCAGUGUGUGGAGGCGGUGGUCAACAUGGGCUACUCCUUUGAGUGUGUCCUGAGAGCCAUGAAGAAAAAAGGAGAGAAUAUUGAGCAGAUUCUCGACUAUCUCUUUGUACAUGGACAGCUCUGUGAGAAGGGCUUCGACCCUCUUUUAGUGGAAGAGGCUCUGGAAAUGCACCAGUGCUCAGAGGAAAAGAUGCUGGAGUUUCUUCAGUUAAUGAGCAAAUUUAAGGAAAUGGGUUUUGAACUGAAAGACAUUAAGGAAGUUCUGCUCUUACACAACAAUGACCAGGACAAUGCUUUGGAAGACCUCAUGGCUCGGGCCGGAGCCAGCUGAGACCAGGCCCUGCCUAAACCCUGCCACGGAACCACCCCUGCAGGAGGCCCUGAGCAGCCCACCUGUGGGGAAGGAGAAGGGGCACAUGUCCAGAUUUUCUUUUGGGGGAAGGUCAGAUGUGGAGACUGUCUGCCAGUCUCUAUGAGCCUAGGCCCUGAGCUGGGGAGAAAUGGGGGAAUAUUUGGGCAUGUGAAUGCCCUUAGAACUGUCCUGGCUCCUUCCGUAUUAAAUAUAUUUGUAUUUUGAGAAGUGUCCUUCCCACCGCGGCCCCCCAGAGAUGUCUCUGGUUUUUCUGGCAUAUGCCCUUAGCUGAAACCUGGGCUGGCUGCCAAAAGGAGCCAGGGACAAGCUGCAGGAGGCCCAGACUCAGUGCUGCUUUGGGGCUAGUUGCUUCCCUCCCCCGCAUUGGUGGACUGAACUGUACUACAGGUUGAGUGCAAUUGAAAGGUUCUUCCAGGGUUUUAUUUUCCUCCCUUUUAACAAAGUCUCUUAGUAUUACACUGGUUCUGCAAUGUCACUGAGGUGCAAAGAAUGCCCUUUUUCCCAUGGGGCCCUGAGUUUGCCUCUUCUGCCAGGCAGUUACCAUGCUUCCCUGACCCCGCCUGUUUCUUUGGGCUUGGAUUGGACCACAAUCCUCUGGGGGCUACCAGGAUUUUAGAGCCCCCUGCUCUAGGAAACAGUUGUCACAUUAAGAAAUCAUUGGCCCCUUCCCAGCACACUGAGCUGGGGAGAAUGGGCUAUGAUUUAGUUGCCCAGCACUAACUCCACCUCCGUUCUCUUUGGAGAACAGCCUCUCCCCUGCUCUAGGAUGACACAAUGAAUAACAGCUGUCAUAGAAAUCAGUCUCUGGUUUGUUUUGUAUUAUGCUGUACAUCAUUAAAUAUCUAAAUACGAAGGAUAUACAGUCUUGAUGAAUCUAAAGUAAUUUGCUAAUAACUAUUUUGAUUCUUCAGAGAAAACUAAUAAAAAUCUAAAAAGUA